CAAUGAACAAGAAGCUUUAAACUGGUUUCUAUCUAGUUAAAUUCAUUAUCAAAGUAUACCUCCCUACUUUUUUUUUCAAAAAAAAAGGUGCUGUUUUUACAGAUUCACUAUUGUAACCAAAUAAUUUCCUAACUCUUCGGGAAUUAUGGAUCCUAUUUCUAAAAGUCUUUAUCCAAUCAAUGAUGAAAAUAACAGCAGUACACAAAAUUGGAGUCAAGAUCCAGAUUUAACAGAUCAAAAUCAAGUCCCCUUAUCUACAACUGCAAUUCAGUCUGUUUCAGAUGAUGAUAACCAACCCAUUGUUGAACAACCGUUUAAAAAGCCAAAAUUGAUUAAUGUGCACAAUGUAGAUUCAUCACAAACUAAACGAGGUGAAUCUAAUACUAUUUCAGUCAUUGAUCAUUCAUCUGUUCCUUCAUCAUCUACUCAUAUAUCAGAAACUGUAACAAAUCAAUGUGAAGUUGAAAUUUUAACUAAUACUAAUUUGUUAGAUGAUGAAGAAACAGUUGAAGAUGAUGACGAUGAAGAAGAAGUGGAAGAUGAUGAUGAGGAGGAAGAAGAGGACGAUGAAGAUGACAGCGCUACUGUACUUGGUGAUGCAGAUACUGAAUCUGUUGUCAGUGAAAUUCUAUCAUCUGCACUACUACAAGAAAAAGAAGCAAGAAAAAUAGAAGAUCGUAAAUUACUGGCUUUAUUGGCACAUUUUGAUGAGGAACAGUUAAAUCGAUUCGAAACAUUUCGAAGAGCUACAUUUACUAAAGCUGUAGUAAGACGACUAAUACAAUCUGUAGCUCCAUGUUCAGUUUCACAAAAUGUAGUUAUCGCUAUGGCUGGCUUAACAAAAGUUUUUAUUGGAGAAUUAGUUGAAGAAGACCACAGUGAUAUUCUCAUAAUAUGCUUCAUCUGGAUAUACAUCUCGAACUAUAGCAAUUGUGAUCGUAAUUAUUAACUACUUAUCAUUGUGGAUUACUAGACUAAGAGAAACUCGAAUACGCCAAUUCCUGACUGUUUAAGUAACGUUCAGUAUAUUUUUCUUACGUAAUAACUUUAUCAUUAUUUUUGGAAUUUAUAUAUUCUUGGUCCGCCACAGUACUUAUAAAAUAUACGGAAUACCACUAAAUUAAAGAAUACUAUUAACCAAUUAUCUUCCAGAGAAUUCAUCUGAAGAUAAACAAAAAAAGAAGGCAAGCUUAUUUUGUAUGACUAUAAAUAUUGAUCAACGCUUGACUAAAUGGAGUUGGCCUGCAUUCCUUCUCUAUUGAGCAUCAUUUCGCACCACACUCUUCUCUUCGCUUCGUCCCUCUAACUGCCUGCCUAAAUCAAUGAGUGUACAAAAUAUACGUAUUCAAAAAUCCGUUCUCGUACUUGACUUAUUUAAUUCCGUUAUUCACUAACGCGAUCUAAGUCGAUAAUAAUAUACGAGGAUUGACGAUAUGUAUAUUUCAAUGACAUUCAAUCAUAUGAGGAUUGGCGACAUGCAUAUUUGGACAGCAAUUAUUCAUACGAUCCUACUGAAAUCAGAUAACGGUCAACAAGAACGUUUUGGAUUAGAGAUGAGUUCGUAUGUGAAAUGCAAGCAUGCUAGCCAGCAGUAAGCUGGUACUUUGUAAAAAAUUCAUUGUUCUCUGGGUUUGCUGUUUUUUAGGUGCAAUACAUUCAACAGUACUCUGUACCUUCAACAGACAAAUCACUCCACCUUUAGAAGCAUCACUUAACCUGAGACAACUUCAUCGUCGAAACAAUAAUUAUGUUCCAAAUAUUCGGUAAAACAGCAAAAUGUAUGUAGGGACAAUACAACAAUAAUUGUUAUUAUUAUUGUAUAUUUCUGACAGACAGGUACACGCUAUUUUUGCAUGCGUGAUUAAUAAUUUGCAACAUCGGUUCACAAAUAAAGUGCUUCCCAAGUAGGAUUUUUAAAUAGAUAAGAUCAAUGAAAAUCAGUAGCACUAUAUGUAUGCGGAUGUGCCACAAAGUUAUUAAUUGGGUUUAUGUAUUAGUAAUGUACGGUGAUUAUAGUUCUUAUGAUCUGUCCCGAAAACGGCAUCGCGAACACUCUGUGACCUUCAGAAACCCACAGCAGGUCCAAACCCAGAAUUCGUAUAUUAUAACGUGACACUGCUAAGUAUUUAUGCCAUACAACUGUUUAAUUUUAUAGUUGUGAUAAAGUAAAUAUAAAGGAUGACACUAGAUGUAACCUUGGAUGACGCGUUCGUUCACUUUAUUUCGAGCUUGUUUUAGGUGUAAGUGUUACUGAGCCCUAGCCAAACUUUAGCGAAUGUUUGCUGUACAACUAAAUGUUUUGUUUUACAUCUAAAUCUGUUGUAACCACGCAACUCAAAUUAAUUCUGCACACUCCAAAUCUCAGUUCUUGCUUGUACCCCAUAGAAGUUCUAGACAUGGCACUGACGAAGCAGACUCGCCGUAAGAGUACCGGUGGCAAGGCACCCAGAAAACAGUUAGUCUGUUCAAUACAGAUAUAAAUAGAAUUCAACACUUACAAACAGAAUCUGUCAUCUAUACCGUCUGACUUCUACUUUAAAGCAAUAGGAGUAUUAACAUAAGCAUCUAUUGAUAAUACAUGUAUCGUACUAUCACUGUAGUAUCAUUACUCUUGCGACAAACUUAACGUUUCCGAUCUUAGGAACUCAAUCACUUGUGAAAGCCAUCUAUUUCAGUGCGACUUGAUAGGACUUUAAAACGUUAUAUUUUUUCUAUUAUUUCUAUGGUUAACCGCUUUACAUUCAACCAACGUCCUAGUAACAUAUUAUUGCUCGUUGUUUUCCGAUCAGUUUCUGCCGCCUCCUUUUCAUUUGUCUUACAGCUCGGCAAAACCUGGAGGGUUCAUAUUAAUCGUUUGGCAACCUCCGGCUCACGACUACUCCCAACAUGUUUGGUACCGAUUCAAUUGGCCGUUCAAUCUGGUGGGGGGUGUAUAUUAGGUCCAGUGAAAUGUCACUGAGCCCUAGCCAAAUCAUUCAGCAGUCGGGUAACUGGACAUCGAACAAGUCAUCGAUCCCUGUCAAAGUCAAGGACAACCAACGCACAUCAGUUAAUCAUACGCCAUGGAUUAGCCCAUGCGGCGAUGGCCACAAAUUCACUUGUACCUACUUUAACUAAUAUGUCUCUG